AGGAGAGGGGGGAGCGUGUCCUCUAAAGCAAAAGACUUCACCCCUCCAGCUUUGCAAAGGGAACCUUGGAGAGAAGCCGGAGGUUUGGUGCGCGCAAGGAGCGCAAAGAGAAGAUUUUUUUUUUGCAAGCCGGAAGCCGGUUCCUGGAAGGUGGUGCGCCUCCACCUGGGGAAAGUGGCCUUUGUCCUUUCCCCCCGGGGGUGUGUGGAUCUGGUGAGCCCCCUCCUCUUGCAUUUGGGUGAAGGAGACCCACAGAGAAUAUGGGGAGGGGGGAAAUGCAAGGGAGAAAAGCGAGAGGCGGGUUGCAGAGACGCAGAGUAGCUGGACAGUGACUGGAGAGAAAACGGGCAAGAGGCAGGGGGUUGAGCAGAGCAGGUGCCAUAGAAUAAUAGCAUUGUAGAGUUGGAAGGGACCCCAACCCUCCGCAAUGCAGGGAUAUCAGCUAGAUUGGCCUGGCAUCGGUGGCCUAAUUUUGUUGUUGUUGUUUAGUUGUGUCCGACUCUUCGUGACCCCAUGGACCAGAGCACGCCAGGCACUCCUGUCUUCCACUGCCUCCCGCAGUUUGGUCAAACUCAUGCUGGUAGCUUCGAGAACACUGUCCAACCAUCUUGUCCUCUGUCGUCCCCUUCUCCUUGUGCCCUCCAUCUUUCCCAACAUCAGGGUCUUUUCCAGGAGUCUUCUCUUCUCAUGAGGUGGCCAAAGUAUUGGAGCCUCAGCUUCACGAUCUGUCCUUCCAGUGAGCACUCAGGGCUGAUUUCCUUCAGAAUGGAGAGGUUUGAUCUUCUUGCAGUCCAUGGGACUCUCAAGAGUCUCCUCCAGCACCAUAAUUCAAAAGCAUCAAUUCUUCAGCCUUCUUUAUAGUCCAGCUAUCACUUCCAUACAUCACUACUGGGAAAACCAUAUCUUUAACUAUUCGGACCUUUGUUGGCAAGGUGAUGUCUCUGCUUUUUAUGAUGCUGUCUAGGUUUGUCAUUGCUUUUCUUCCAAGAAGCAGGCGUCUUUUAAUUUCGUGACUGCUGUCACCAUCUGCAGGGAUCAUGGAGCCCAAGAAAGUAUAUCUUAAUAUAUCUUGCAUUGAUUGAGCUCCAAGCAUGAAGGGUCUGGAAACCAAGUCUUAGGAGGGCUGUCACGUGGAAGAGGGAGCAUGCUUGUUUUCUCCUGCUCUGGAGGGUAGGAUUCGAACCAAUGGCUUCAGGUUACAAGAAAGGGGAUUUGUUAUGUACUGAGUUGAAUAGGAUCCAAAAGGCAGCAGUCUGAUUGGUCCUAGAACAAUAGGAUUCAGAAUGCAGCAGUCUGAUUGGUCCUAAAACAAUAGGAUCCAGAAUGCAGCAGUCUGAUUGGCCCACAGGAGCCACCCAAUCCAGCUCCAGGUGGAAGUGAAUCCGCAACCAGAUUGGCCUACAGGUGAAUCCCAGAAUUAGCCAAUCACGUGAUUGCCCAGAAAAAGAGAUGGCAAGUUGUAAAUAUAAACUACCUGGAGGAUAUUUCGCCUUCUCUUCCAGGAUCCUGCGCCUUUGAAGCAGAGGCUGUACAUUUCCCCUAGAAUACCCUGAUGGAUCCGGACCAAAGGGAAGCCCUGGAGGAGGAGAAGCCUGGAAUCGUGGCCUUUCUGGGUAAGAGCCCCCUUUCCCCUUGGUUGAUGGCGAAAAACAAUAAUCACAGCCUUUUUUUUUCUUUUCUUUUCUUGUAUGUUUCCUUGCUACAUUUCGUCACCCUGCAUCUUCGCCUUCCAGCCUGGCUGGGCUUCCGGGGUCCCUUUCCAGGAAUCCCUUCAGCUGGCAGACCUUUGUCAAAGCCACAACAGAUGGUGGCAGGCUUGGAUGUUGGAUGUCCAGCUCCUUCCUUGAUUUUAGAAGAAGCUGAAGGAUGCCCCAAGUCUCAUAUGGGCACAUAAGAGCAUCAGGCAUGCCCUGUUUUGAUCAGGGACGGGAAGGAGAUUAUCGUAUUUUUCGCCCUAUAGGACGCACUUUUUCCCCUCCAAAAAUGAAGGGGAAAUGUGUGUGCGUCCUAUGGGGCGAAUGCAGGCUUUCGCUGAAGCCUGGAGAGCGAGGGGGUCGUGCGCACCGACCCCUCUCGCUCUCCAGGCUUCAGGAAGCUCUGCGCAACUCUCGGGAGACUGGUGCGACUUUGUGCUGGUCUCCCGAGGGCUGCGCAGAGCUGCCUGCAGCCCCGGGCUUUGUGCAGCUCUGCGCAGCCCUAGGGAGCCCGGCGCGAAGUCGGAUAGCAGGCUGUUCUCAGGGCUGGGGUUGGGGGAAGCUCGGGCUUCCCCUGCUCCAGCCCCACGCCUGGGGGGAAAUUUUUUUUUUCUUUAUUCCCCCCCCCCCAAAAAAACCUAGGUGCGUCCUAUAGGGUGGUGCGCCCUAUGGGGCGAAAAAUACGGUAAAUUAUUAUUAUUAUUAUUAUUAUUAUUAUUAUUAUUAUUAUUAUUUUGCUUCUUGCCCCCAAAUCCUUCCCUUGCCCCCAUAAGACCUAAUCUCCAGCCUCAAUCUUUUCCUGUAUGUGGGAGGUGAUUAAAUAAUAAUAAUAAAUAAUAAUAAUAAUAAUAAUAAAAAAUUCCAGACUUUCCACCUUCCCUCUCCUUACUCACAAAUCCUUCCCCUGCCCCUAGUCUUUCCCCCUCAUCCUCUUAGUUUCACAUCUCAGCUUCCCCCUUCCUGAUGCUCCAAAACCCCAAACCUAGAGAGUGGUGUUCAAAAAAGAAUAAUAUAUUAUUCUAUUCUAUUCUAUAUUAAAAUUUUCUGUUUUACAAUUUUGAAUACGUAUUCAUUUAAACAUCCUUAGGAUAACAAUGACUUCCUUUCUUCUCUUUCCAUGGUUCACUUUGCUAAUCAUAAAUCCCUGCAUAUUUUACAGAAACUAUACCAUUCAGUAUUCCAUGAUUACAUCCAUCAAAACUUAUUUACACACUUGAAUUUAUCUUAAUGCUGCCAACGUUUUCGGGUGUACACAAUUUCCCCUCAUAUAUUCAAUAAACAUUUUCAAAUCUUCUCUAAAUGUAUGUUCUUCUUGUUCUCUUAUUCUAUAUGUUAAGUCUGCAAGCUGCGCGUAUUCCAUCAGUUUAUGUUGCCAUUCUUCUUUAGUUGAGACCUCGCUUGUUUUCCAUUUUUGGGCAAACAAAACACAGGCCGAAGUAGUGGCAUACAUAAAUAACCUUUUCUGACACCUGGGAAUUUCUGUCUGAAUUAUCCCCAACAAAAAGGACUCUGGUUUUUUGGGUGAAAGUGCUUUUAAACAUCCCCCCCCCCCCAAUUCAUUGUGGAUUGUUUCCCAAUACAGUGGUGCCUCGCAAGACGAAAAGAAUCCGUUCCGCGAGUCUCUUCGUCUUGCGGGUUUUUUCGUCUUGCAAAGCAAGCCCAUUAGCGGUUUAGCGGAUUAGCGCUACAGUAUUAGCGGCUUAGCGGGCUUAGCGGAUCAGCUGAUAAGCAGCUUAGCGAUCAGCUGUUAAACGGCUUAACGAUAAGCUGAUAAGCGGCUUAACAAUCAGCUGAUAAGCGGCUUAGAGAUCAGCUGUUAAGCGGCUUAGCCGAUCAGCUGAUAAGCGGUUUAGCGGCUUGGGAAAAAGGGGGGGAAAGGGAAAAAACCCCGCAGGAACUCGCAAGACAUUUUCGUCUUGCGAAGCAAGCACAUAGGAAAUUCGUUUUGCGAAGCACCUCCAAAACAGAAAACCCUUUCGUCUAGCGGGUUUUCCGUCUUGCGAGGCAUUCGUCUUGCGGGGCACCACUGUACGUUUUUUUACCCUUUUACAGGUCCACCACAUAUGAAAGAACGUUCCCUCAAUUUCCUUGCUUCUCCUCUGUAUUCUAAAAGGGCAAGGAGAGAGGUUUGCCUAAAAGCAAACUUCCCUCAAUCUUGAGUCCUUCUCUUGUCGGACUACAAUCCCCAUCAUCCUUAGCCAGCAUGGCCAGCAAUCAAGGAUGAUGGGAGCUGUAGUCUCAACAAUAUCUGCAGUUUGGGGAAGGCUGGCAUGAAUUUUAGCAACUUAACAGCGUAAUCCUGUACAUGCCCAUCUGAUUCCGAACCAGGUUUUAAGGACCUUGUAUUAGUUUGCAAAGCCCCAAACAACUUAGGUCCAGGCUACCUCAGGGACCGCCUCGUGGCGAUCACACACAGGGGCCCCGGACGUUUGACGGUCUAUUGACCCUGUGCCGCCUCUGCCAUUGCUUUUUCCGCUGCCACCACCCCGUAUCUCACGGGGACACACGGAGUCCAGUCAGUUGUUAACAUAAACAAAUAAUCAAGUUUAUUUUUAAAUGCAGGAACAAGCUUAUGGUUUCAGUUAAUUUUACUUGGCAGUUUCUUAUUCUUAGUUCCUAACAACUUCAAACUGAUUAUUCCCAACUAUCUAUCUGACUCCACCUCACAAGUCCUCUCACUCUCUCACAAUACAACUCUACCAACCCACAUCUAAACCUCCCUCUUCCUUCUUCAACUCCCAAACCUCAACUCACUCCCAAACCUCAACUCUCAACAACCCAAACCUCAACUCAACUGACUUUCAAAACCUCCCACUCUAACUUUUACUCCCCCCUUGCAUUCUCACUGGCCAAACACAUCACACCUAUUUUAACCCUUUCCUUCUGACCCAUCCUAGGAGGCAAACGCCUGAAUUACGAUUAAAACCUACUUCAGUGAUCUCAAGGUUGCCCGGAGCAGCAUUUUUCAGCCACCAAAUGCCUGGGUGAACAGGAAUCAUUUCUUUUCUUUUUUGAUAAUAAUUUUUAUUAGUUUUCAAUUAUAAUUCAAUAAUAGCCUCAUUAUAACAAUACCAAUUUAUAAUACAAUUACUAAUACCAAUCGUUCAAAUACCGAAUUAUGUAAUUUAGAUAAGGUGUGUUAGAAUUGAUGGUUUGAUGAUUUUAUUUUUUUUCUGCGUUCCAAAAUCUUAUAAAUAUCAAUUACAUUCCGGUCGUCAUAAUAAUCCCUUAUACAACAACUGCAAUAUUAAUAACUUAUAUUUGUAUUGACACCUUAAAUGAUUUAUAAAACUACAAGUGAAGCACUCAAACUAUAUCCUUGUUCUUCCUGUGUGUGGCAGUUACUCUGUGCACGGUGUUUCUUCCUGUCCCUGUAAAAUGUUAUGUCUAUCUUUUCCUGGUUGUUGCUGUUGCCUUGGGCGGAGCAGAUAUCCCAUUGUUGUUCCAUAAAUAUCUCCCUCACUCUGUCCCAUCCGUUGUUGUUUUGCAAAACAAGAAUGUUUUCAGAUUCCUCCUGAAAAAUAAUAAUGAUAGAGGCAGGCUCACCUCACUAGGGAGGGCAUUUCCACUAUUGGGGAGCCACCACCGAAAAGGCCCUGUCAUUUGUCAAAAUUACAAAGAGGUACUCACUGUUCUGACCCUUGCCACGAAAAAGGUUGUCCGCCCCGUGCGCCUUCUUUGAUAUCAGACUCUUAUUUCCCAUUUGGGCUGUUACUAAUUAAUUGUCUCUCCUUUUUCCUGAACGCUCUGUCACAAGAGACUAGGGCCCUGACAUCUUUCCACAGGGCCUGCAAGACAGAGCUGUUCCACCAGGCCUUUGGUCAGGGCGCAGCCUGACUCCCUCCUCUGGCAAUCUGCACAGAAUUUUGCUUAAUGGUUGCCAUCAAUUUGAUUUUAAUUAAUUUUUAUAAUGAAAUGUUUUUAGAAUAUUGGAUUAUUUGAUUGUUGUUAGCCGCCCUGAGCCCGGCUUUGGCUGGGGAGGGCGGGAUAUAAAUAAAAUUUAUUAUUAUUAUUAUUAUUCCAGGACAUGACAGGAGAGAGAGGGAGAAUGAAGAUGAACCACACAGGGUGUUGUUAGACAGAACCAGAUGUGAAGAGGAAGAAGGGAGAACAAAACCUGAAGUGAAACACAUACUAAGCGAAUCCUCUGCUUUUCAGAGCGCUGAGAUUUCUGAAAUCCCAGUCCAAGAAAACAUAGGCGAAGGAGAGGAAAGGAGCCAGUGCCUUGUGUGUGGGGAAAGCUUUGCCUGCAAAUUGAGCCACAUUGCUCAUUGGAAAAUCCACACAGGGGAGAAACCAUUUAAAUGUUCGGACUGUAACAAAAGCUUCAGCGAUAAGUCAACCCUUAGAAAACACCAGAGAAUCCACACGGGUGAGAAACCAUAUAAAUGCAUGGAGUGCGGACAGAGCUUCAGUCAGAGCACAAGCCUCACUUCCCAUCACAGAAUCCACACAGGGGAGAAGCCCUAUAAAUGCAUGGAGUGUGGAAAGUGUUUCAGCACUUGUAAAUAUCUCACGAUUCAUCAGAGAAUCCACACAGGAGAGAAACCAUUUAAAUGCCUGGAGUGUGGAAAGAGCUUUAACAGGAGAGAUGCUCUUACUUCACAUCAAAAAAUCCACACAGGGGAGAAACCAUACAGAUGCUUAGAGUGCGGAAAGUGCUUCAGCAACAGCAAGUAUCUCACUUCACAUCAGAGAAUCCACACAGGGGAGAAACCGUUUAAAUGUUUGGAGUGUGGGAAGUGUUUUAAUAAGAGGGAUGGCCUUGUUGCCCACCAAAAUAUUCACAGAGGGGAAAAACCAUAUAAGUGUUUGGAGUGUGGGAAGAGCUUCAGUAGCAGCAAGUACCUGACUUCUCAUCAAAGAGUCCACACAGGAGAAAAACCUUUUAAAUGUGUGGAGUGCGGAAAGAGUUUCAGGCAGAAGAUAAAUCUCACUACCCAUCAACGAACUCACACAGGGGAGAAACCGUAUCCGUGCUUGAGGUGUGGAAAAAGUUUUAGCCAGCAGACUAACCUCACUGCACAUCAGAAAAUCCACACAGGGGAGAAACCCUAUAAAUGUUUGGAGUGCGGAAAGAGGUUUAAUCAUAGCACAAGCCUCACUCACCAUCAACAACUUCACACGGGAGAGAAACCCUAUAAAUGUGUGGAGUGCGGGAAGAGCUUCAGUACGAGCGCCAGCCUUACUUCACAUCAAAUUAUCCACACGGGGGAGAAACCCUAUAAAUGUCUGGAGUGUGGAAAGCGGUUUAGCGAUCGCAGAAACCUCCGUUCACAUCAGAGAAUCCACACAGGGGAGAAGCCGUAUGUGUGCUUGGAGUGUGGAAAGAGGUUUAGUCAUAGAACCAACCACAGUUCACAUCAGAAAAUCCACACAGGGGAAAAAUCUUUUAAAUGCUUAGAGUGUGGAAAGAGUUUCUUUUUCAGCACCAGUCUGAUUUCGCACCAAACUCUCCACACAGGGGAGAAACCGUAUAAUUGUAUGGAAUGUGGGAAGAGCUUCAGUAGCAACAAAUACCUCACAGCUCACCAACGAAUCCACACGAGGGGGAAGCCAUUUAAGUGCUCAGAGUGCGGAAAGAGCUUCCGUCAGAGUUCAGACUUCACUUCUCAUCAGAGAACCCACACAGGGGAGAAACCGUACAAAUGUCUGGAGUGUGGAAAGAGGUUCAGUACUAGCAAAUACCUCGCUUCCCACCAACGGAUUCACAGCGGGGAGAAACCAUAUACAUGCUCAGAGUGUGGUAAGAACUUCACACACAAGACAAAUCUCACCAAACAUCAAAGAAUCCACAGAGCAGAUAAACCGCAGAACUGUUAAGGAAUGCAGAAUUUGUUUCAUCUAAUCCUGAGGUCUGUUUUGGAAUUGCUGUUGGUGAAUGUACUGAAUCUUAAUCCAAGAUGGAGGCACUAUUGCUAGGGGUGCUGGCGACUUUGAGACUGGGUUUCUCUUCCACCUUUAGAAGCAAAUCUGAAGCUUAGGGAUACUCCUUAGGGAUACUCCUUCAGCUCCUAGGUUUUGCAGCUGAAGAUAAGGCCUACUCUCCCUUGCUGUACCCUUUCAAGAUAAACCUCACUACACAUCACGGAAAAGGAAAACAAAAAUUCCUGAAUUGUUGGGUUAGGCAACGCAAUGCAUCCUCAAUUCUCAUCCACAAAUUCACUCAGGAGAGAAAUGAGAUAACUGAUCUGAGUUUCAAAUCAGAACCAGUGAAGGCGGAGAAGGUCCUGUGUGAGUGCCUGGAGGCUGUUGGAGGAUGGAUGGCGGCUAAUGGAUUGAGGUUGAAUCCUGACAAGACAGAAGUACUGUUUUUGGGGGACGGGGCGGGCUGCUGUGGAGGACUCCCUGGUCCUGAAUGGGGUAACUGCCCCUGAAGGACCAGGUGCGCAGACUGGGAGUCAUUUUGGACUCACAGCUGUCCAUGGAGGCGCAGGUCAAUUCUGUAUCCAGGGCAGCUGUCUACCAGCUCCACCUGGUACGCAGGCUGAGACCCUACCUGCCCGUGGACUGUCUCACCAGAGUGGUGCAUGCUCUAGUUAUCUCCUGCUUGGACUACUGCAAUGCGCUCUACGUGGGGCUACCUUUGAAGGUGACCCGGAAACUACAACUAAUCCAGAAUGCGGCAGCUAGACUGGUGACUGGGGGCGGCCGCCGAGACCACAUAACACCAGUCUUGAAACACCUACAUUGGCUCCCAGCAUGUUUCCAAGCACAAUUCAAAGUGUUGGUGUUGACUUUUAAAGCCCUAAACGGCCUUGGCCCAGUAUACCUGAAGGAGCGUCUCCACCCCCCUCGUUCUGCCCGGACACAGGUCCAGCGCUGAGGGCCUUCUGGCAGUUCCCUCACUGCAAGAAGCCAAGUUACAGGGAACCAGGCAGAGGGCCUUCUCGGUAGUGGCGCCUGCCAGGUGGAACGCCCUCCCAUCAGAUGUCAAAGAGAUAAACAACUACCUGACAUUCAGAAGACAUCUGAAGGCAGCCCUGUUCAGGGAAGUUUUUAAUGAAUGACAUCUUAGUGUAUUUUUGGUCUUUGUGGAAGCCGCCCAGAGUGGCUGGGGAAACCCAGCCAGAUGGGCGGGGUACAAAUAAUAAAUUAUUAUUACAGAAAGCACUAUGCCAGGGAAAAACCAUAUAAAAGCCUGGUGUACAGAAGGAGUUUUUCUUGGAAGACCAUUGUCACUAAACAUCAAAGAAUCCACACAGCAGAGAAACGACAGAAAAGCCAGGGGUGCAGAAUGACUCGGAGCCAAACUGGUUUCCCUCUGGUUUUCUUGAACUACAUGCUCCUUGGUUGGGGCUGGUGGAAGUUGUAAUCUGAGGGCACCAGGUUGGAGGACAGCUGAACUAUAGUCACAGCACAAUCCCCGAGUUAAUUCUGGAGUGGCCAGUAUUGACUGUAUUGAAUUCUAAUGGACAUGAGAGAGCUGCUAUUGGCUGAGAUUCUUGUGGGGCUCCCCCUCUUUUGAAUGGAGUCUACACCACAUUUAAGUCACCACAAUGCCACUUUUAAAAUUCAUGGCAGAGAGUUGUUAGGAGAGCGUCUGUUCCCAUCAGAGAGUUACAAUUCCCAGAGUUCCCUGUGAAGAGGAGGCAGCUCAAACGCCUCUCAUAAUUGAUGUGUACACUUAACUGAAAUGUGUUACUGAACUUACUGAAAAUGUGUUGUCGUCGUUACCGUUUAGUAAUAGGCAAAUUAAUGCAUCUAGCUGAAAGUUGUUAGGAGACCCAAAAUUCUCCUUACAGAGCUGCCGGUCUUGGAGGUCCCUGUAAAGAAGAACUGAUUGUUAAAUCCCUCUGGGAACUGUGGCUCUGUGAGAGGCGUCGGGAGUCCCAGUGUGGAUUAUAACAAACAAAACACAGUUAGAAUCAUAGAAUCGCAAGGGUCUUCUCGCUCAGGAAUUCUGCCCCAAGCCGUCCUUAGGUGGGCUCGAACCACCAACCUUUUGGUUAACAGCCAGAAACACUCACUUAUUGGCCCGUGAGACUUUAAAGCAACUUAUGAAUCACAGAAUAAGAUGGGUCCUAAAAAUAAACAUCUGAGGUGUCGGAAGGGCAACGAGGAUUGUCUUUUGAGGGGAGGUGGGGAUUAAUCAGAAAAGUCUCCCAAGUCAGUGGUCCCUAAACCUUUUCUCCCAUGGACCACUUGGAAAUUGAUGAGGGUCUUGACCAGGGGUCAGCAAACUUUUUCAGCAGGGGGCCGGUCCACUGUCCCUCAGACCUUGUGGGGGGCCGGACUAUAUUUUUUCUGGGGGGAAAUGAACGAAUUCCUAUGCCCCACAAAUAACGCAGAGAUGCAUUUUAAAUAAAAGGACACAUUCUACUCAUGUAAAAGCACACUGAUUCCUGAACCAUCCGUGGGCCAAAUUUAGAAGGUGACUGGGCCGGAUCUGGGCCCCGGGCCUUAGUUUGCCUACCCAUGGUCUUGACAGAUCUCCCCAAACACUCUCCCCUCCCCACAACACUUUUUGGUGCAAAUCCAUCAUUUUAGAGAAGCCAUUUUAAGAUCCCACAUCUAUCGUGGCACAAAUUCCCCCUGCCAUUUAAAUGGAUUAAUGCCUUUCUCCCUUUAUUCAUACAUGUCCCAGAAAUUCACGUCCCUACGAUUAAUUUAGGAUUGAGGUUUGGCUGUAAAAUUGCCCACUGGCAUUUCGCACCCGGGCCGCAGGCCUGAGUAGGCCGGCAGGUCGACCUGUGGAGCAUCUCCCUGUUGCUACAAGACCGAUUGCUUGAUAAAAUAUAUUUGUAUAUCACCAUUUCAUUUUUAAAAAUAUUGACGUGGUUUACAACAAUUAGAGCAC